UGAUAAGGAAUCAGCUAAGAAACACAUCAUUGUCUGUCUCUUUCUAAAACUAUAUUUUCACUUUUCAUUUUAUAUUUUUUUUCCCUCCCCCUCAGGAUUUUAGUUUUGAAGAAGUUUGCAUCUUUUAGAUCUCUAAAAAGUAAGCAAGCACAAAAUCCUGAAUCUCAAUCUCAGAUGGCACUGUCUUUUCUUUUCAGACAGUGCCACUUGGUUGCAUAGUUGGAACCAUUAUGCGCCUCCAUUCUACUUCGCUGUCAUUUAGUUUCUACUAGUGGUUCCUCAUUGCAGCUUAAAAACUCAUUUUUGGAUAUAUGCCAGACAAGUUAACUUCAUAUACAUUGCUUUCUAAUUAGAAUUGAACUCCAUGUUUUCCUUUUACAGUGUUUUUUAUGAGUAUGACACACUUGUUAUGACUUUGUUAUUACUGUUUUUGGCUAGGAAAGACAUGUAGUUUUUUUAUGACCACUUUGGUUACAUUUAAAUACAACCUAUACUUGCAUUUUUUGUGCACAAUUGGAGUAAUUAAGGUUAGUGAACAUUGGUUUGGGUUUAUUUUAAGUGAAUGGCAUCUAUUAGAAGAACCUUGUCUCCAGUUGCUCGAGCCGGAAAUGUAGCAAAUGUUGAAGGCUUUUCAGUAGCUUCCCCUUUGUCUAAGUCCUCAUCAAGUCCUCAAAACUCUCCUUCGUCGGUCACAUCAUUGGACUCCCGUGCUUUUUUGCUUGGUGUUUUCUACCCAAGAUCUUUGAGGGCUAUUGAGAGAUCAAAUUCAAAGCCUAAGGGCCAGCUUUGGAGGAAAGUGCUUUUCCAUUUUUUCAUUUGUUUCAUGGUUGGUGUUUCUAUUGGACUCAUUCCGCUCGCAUCAACUAACUUGUCCUUGAAUCUCAUGUCGAAAGACUCACAACAUCAAGAUUUCUCUUUUGAGAUAAUAUCUAGAGUUGGAAAUUUACGGUCGCUUGAAAAUUUGAAGACAAAUGAGACAUCAUUAGUUGAUGAGGAUGUGAAAUUUGAUGCUACUUUGAUUUCAGAAGUGCAAGAACAGGAACUAACAAAUGGUGUAGCAUAUAAUGCCUCGGAUAGCAAAUUCGGUGAAGAUCUAUAUUUGGAUUCUCAAAAGCUUCUCAUAAUUGUCACGCCGACUUACAAUCGUCUAUUUCAAGCAUAUUACUUGCAUCACUUGUCACAAACUUUGAAAUUGGUCUCACCUCCUUUGUUAUGGAUUGUUAUUGAGAUGAAUUCUCAAUCUGAUGAAACUGCUGACAUCUUGAGGAGUAGCGGGAUUAUGUAUAGGCAUCUCGUCUGCAAAAUGAAUCUGACCAACACAAGCCAUAGGAACAUUCUUAUGAGAAAUGUUGCAAUAGCUCACAUUGAAACUCACCGCCUCAAUGGAAUUGUGUAUUUUGCAGACGAUGAUAACAUCUACUCGGUGGAACUCUUUCAGCAAAUGAGAGAUAUAAGGCGAUUUGGAACAUGGACUGUUGCAAGACUAUCGGAGGAUAGAAGUGGCAUUGUCUUGCAAGGGCCCAUUUGUGAUGGAAGUCAAGUGAUUGGAUGGCACACAAAUAAUGAAUCAGAUGGGAAAUCUAAAAGAUUUCACGCUGAAAUGCCUGGUUUCGCCUUCAAUAGCACGAUACUUUGGGAUCGAAAGAAGUGGCACCGGCCCAAUCCUCAACCUAUCAGACAGCUCGAAUCAGUCAAGGAAAAUUUGUGGGUUAGCACGUUGAUUGAGCAGAUUGUUGAAGAUGAAGGUGAAAUGGAGGGUUUAAUGAACGACUGCUCAAGAGUUAUGGUUUGGCAUAUUGAUCUUGAGUCGUCUUAUUCUUUCUAUCCUCAGAAAUGGAUUACCGAGAACAACCUCGAUGCCAUUUGGAAUCUUCCACUUGCGUGAAAUUCUUGAUAAAGAAAGUCGAGAGCACUAUAUUUUCAUCCUGUUCAUUCUGUUUUGGAUUGCAGGGAAGAUUAUAAAGAAUUGGAAGUCAUCAUGCUAGUGCUUUAUUAUUUAUCUUCAUCUUCUCAUAUGGAUACUCUGAUAUCCCAUUCGCCGUGACAGUGGCUUAUGAUACCAUCCCAACAUGUCCAUCGAUUAAUACUGCAAUUUAACCUCGCGUUAUAAUUAAAAAUUGGGGUUCAUUCUGAACUUUGAAAAGGCAGGAAUGUUUCAAUUGGCCAGUUGGUGUCUCUUGUAUAACAUGGAGAGCAAUUUUGAAUCCAAAUAUUAUUGAGAGGUACGAAGCAUAUACUACCGUUUAGCAUACAUAAGAGCUAGAUAUUGAAUCUUUGGCCACUUGUUUAAGAUGUACGAGUCCCUUAAUACUCGGACUUGGUAUUUAACUAUUUGAAUGUGUACCUAUUUGUAAUCUUUUUCGUUUGACACUUUAUGUAAGAUUAUCACAUGAAUUACUUAUGUUAAAUUUUAAGACGAAAUGUCAGAAGAGAAAACACUGAUUGCCAACAGGAGCUUAUCGGGCAAAA